UAGAGAGAGAAAUAGAGAGGAGAAGACUGUGGAACUCACAUUUUGUUUUUCUUGCAAAGAAGUUCCCUUUGGUGUGUAUCUUUGUCUGUAUUUGCAGAUGUUUGUGGAAAAAGGGGAAGACAAACGGCAAGAAAAACUUAUUAUUCGGCGGAUCAGAUUCUAGUGUUGAAUCUCAAUUGGGUCUCGAUCUAAGCUUCUAAAAAGCUCUUCUCUUUUUCCUUUUCAAGCUUCGAUUUUGAUUCUCUCUCUAUGAAUCUGUGCUGCUAAACAUGGACCAAUCUGUUCCCCGACGCUCCCCUAAUGCUCAAAGGGUGUUUCGAGUUCAAGCUCCACUGGUUGAUUCUGUUUCAUGUUAUUGCAAAGUAGAUUCUGGCCUAAAGACAGUUGCGGAAGCAAGGAAAUUUGUCCCUGGAUCAAAGCUCUGUAUCCAGCCUGACAUCAACCCCAAUGCACAUAAAAGCAAAAACUCACGUAGAGAGAGGUCUAGAGUACAGUCGCCACUCCUGCCUGGCCUUCCUGAUGAUCUUGCCAUUGCAUGUCUGAUUCGAGUUCCUCGUGCUGAACACCGUAAUCUUCGUUUAGUUUGUAGGAGAUGGUCUCGCCUCCUGGCUGGCAACUUCUUUUACUCUCUUCGGAAAAGUCUUGGAAUGGCAGAAGAAUGGGUUUAUGUCUUCAAGCGAGACCGUGAUGGAAAGAUAUCGUGGAAUGCUUUUGACCCUAUCUAUCAGCUCUGGCAGCCACUUCCUCCAGUCCCAAAAGAGUACUCUGAGGCCCUUGGUUUUGGUUGUGCUGUUUUAAGCGGUUGUCACCUAUACUUGUUUGGAGGGAAGGAUCCACUAAGGGGGUCCAUGAGACGUGUCAUCUUUUAUAAUGGCAGGACAAACAAGUGGCAUCGGGCACCAGAUAUGCUUAGAAAACGUCAUUUCUUUGGUUCGUGCGUCAUAAAUAACUGUCUUUAUGUGGCUGGUGGUGAAUGUGAAGGACUUCAAAGGACUCUACGUUCUGCUGAAGUUUAUGAUCCUAACAGAAACAGAUGGAGUUUCAUUACAGACAUGAGCACUGCUAUGGUACCCUUCAUUGGUGUUGUUUAUGAUGGAAAGUGGUUUCUUAAGGGUCUGGGGUCACACCGAGAGGUCAUGAGUGAAGCCUAUGAUCCUAAAACUAAUACCUGGACUCCAGUCAGUGAUGGGCUGAUUGAUGGUUGGCGUAACCCUAGCAUCUCUCUGAAUGGACGGCUCUAUGCCCUGGAUUGCCGGGAUGGGUGCAAGCUGAGGGUUUAUGAUGAAGCCACAGAUUCAUGGAACAAAUUUAUUGAUAGUAACCUCCAUCUAGGAAGCUCCCAGGCUUUAGAGGCUGCUGCUCUUGUUCCCCUUAAUGGGAAGCUUUGCAUCAUCCGUAAUAAUAUGAGCAUAAGUCUGGUUGAUGUUUCCAGUCCUAAUAAACAUGUUGAAAGUAACCCUCACCUUUGGGAAAAUAUUGCUGGAAGAGGUCAUUUCAGGACUCUUUUUACAAACAUAUGGUCAAGUAUAGCAGGGCGAGGUGGUUUGAAGAGCCAUAUUGUGCAUUGUCAGGUGCUUCAAGCAUGAGAUACAUAAUUCAUUUUUCUCAAUUCAUGCAAUUUGUUUAGAUUUGUCAUGCUGUGAAUCAGAUGACAAAUGUUUCAUUUGUUCUAGUUCACCAACAUUUGGGGUUCUGUCCCUUGAAUCAGAAGGCUGCCAAUACUCUUCAUUACCAUUCCCAAAGUUUAUAUGCAGAAAUUGAUAUCCAAGGUGAUUUCACCUGGUGAAUUCUAUGACGUCCACAUUACAGGCGUUCUGCUUCUAGUUGAGGAGUGAUGAGAUGAUAAUAGUGAAGGGUGCCCUUGAAGUACCACAGAGAAACAUUUAUGGCCUCUCUGAAGGACCUGAUACUGGACCCUGAUGGUGCUUUAAUAUUGUAAAGCUGCACAACUUGAGGCAGUUUGAUGUUGAUCCCGGCUAUAGAACUUUGAGAUCGUUUUAUUUCUUUACAUUAGUGAAGAUAGCUGAUACCUGUAAAUCUUUUUAUUUGGCUGUAGGUCUCGUCUUUCUCUCUGUUUCCCUUUCCUUUUUCUUUCCUUUUUGGUGGGUCUUAUCUCUGUAGCCUCGAAUCUCUGAGGCGCUUUCUGUUUGUAAAUGGUUUAUUUUACAAUGAAUCAAUAUAUGGUCGCAUCGUUUAAUGUUUCCUGAUUGUAUUUAAAUCUCAAGAUGGAAUAAGCAACAAAGGUACAG